CAUCAUCAUACCCCCCGCAAACACCAAGGACGUUCCCACUUCUACUUUCCAAACAAUUCUUCAUCUUCCUCUUCAUAUUCCAUGGCGAUCGUGCGGACCAUGAGCGAGCUCAAGAUCAGGGCGCCACCUCCAUCUCCGAUCCCCACCGCCAGUGGCUCCCGCUCGGCAGCCAACGAGACCCUUUCCGAAUUUCUCGAGAAUUCGUUACAAGUCCCAGACCUAACCCUGCCCGGCGCCCACUCGCGCCACCAACCAAGUCCCCCUGAAAUCGAUCGGCAUUCACUUGCUUCCAGAGAAUCUGGCACAGUGGACAGUCUCCUGCGAUCAGUUCGGAUGUUUGGCGCGUUCCGGAUCAGUUACCACGGGAUUUCAGGGGAGGAGUUGAGAUCGUUGGUGAAAGAGGCAGCGAGGGUGUUCGGGGUACUGGAAAAGAGAGACACAGGAUUCCGGCAACAUUACGGGGUAAACAGGGAGGAGAUCGUGUGGGUUCGGUGGCGAGAUGAGAGGAUGGAGUGGGCGCGAGACUACAUCGGUGCUCAAUUGUAUCAGAGUUUCAGUGAAAAGAUGGAUAAAGUUGGAAGUAGACUUGAUGCAAUUGCAGAAGAAGUGGGAGAAAUAUUAGUAGAAAAUGCAGAUAAGCAGGGUCAGAGGAGAUUGCAAAGAGAAGAGUCUGUUUUGAGCCUCUACAGGUACAACCACGAUAAUGUAAUGCCACAAAAUCCACCUCCAUCCACUGCUGAAGAAGAAAGCUCUGCUUGUGAUUAUUGCUUAAAUCUUCACCUUCCCUCCAAGCAAUGCGAGUUUUUUGUACAGUCAAAACAAGGGUUUUGGUCCUUUGAUGCAGGCCCGGACACAAUUAUUGUCACAGUUGGAAAACGGCUUGAGGAAUGGAGUUCGGGGGAAUUCAAAAGUGUUUCUGGGAGAAUUAUGUAUCAUCCGGAAGACCUCAAGGGAUGCAAGGCCUCUUUCUCAAUCGAGCUUAAGUGGCCGUCUUUAACUUUGUACCGCAGUUUCAAGAGAAAUACUUACAAGAAAAUCUCUUUAGCAGACCAAUUCCUGUUUGCCCUCAUUGCUAUUUUCCUUUAUUCUAUCUUCUUGAGAUUUACAUGGUAGUGCCCCCUUUUUUUUUUGUUAUAAUUUGAAAAUUGGUAUUGGAAACUUCUGUUUUUCCCUUUUAUAAGGUUUGGUCUUUGAUGUACAGUUUGAGCAGAAGUAAAGGGUUUGGAGAUGAAAAAGAGUAGAAAUAAUAGGUUGAUUGAACACAAGAUUCUUGUAUACUUGAAACAAAAACAAUUGGGUUUGUUGUUCUGCUUGAUCUCAAUAAAAUGCUAGAAGUGUU